AUGGAAGCCUCCAAUCAUUCGGAGACAGCCCACGGGCGCAGCUUUGCUCGUUUCGCCUGCGACUUUUGUCGAGUGAAGAAACUCAAAUGUUCAAGAGAGUUGCCGAAAUGCGGUGGUUGCAAGCCGUGGCCAAGUAGCUGCGUUUAUUCCCGGGAAGUGUCGUCAGUCAAUGCGAAUGGGAAAAGACCUCAUGUGACUGAGGCCUCUAAUAAAGUUACGGAAGUCAGCAUUGACACUCGCCUCGAACGCUUGGAGGGCACAAUCAAUUCUCUGACCAGAUCCGUUGACGAGGCCUUGCUUACCUUGUCCGCAACACCCUCGCGAAGAGACUUGAGCAAAUUACCGAUUGCACCCAACCAGACAAUUGUGAAUGGAGCAGACAGAUCCAAUCCGGAGCUAUACAUCGGUCCAUCGCAUUCCUUCUCUUUUCUUCAAGAGGCGCCUGCUGGCAUUGAGCGUUUACCCCCCCAAGGUGUUGAAGAUUCCCGACAGGAUGUCAUUUCAGAGAUUCACAACAUGUCAUCGAAUCUGACAUCAGCAAAAUUGCCAGUAUCAAAAAAGGAUUCAAUCAGUUUUCAUAUUCCUUCGAAAUCCGUAGGAUAUGCCCUCCUUAGCAAGUUUUUGGACUAUUCUCAGGUUGGUGAGCCAUUCUUUCGGUUCCCAUCGGACGAAAUUCUCAGGCAGAUCGUUUUCGAACCUGAAAAGGUCCGGGAAAAAGCUUGGAUUGUUUCCUUCAAUUAUGUCUUACUUGCCGCCAUAUCUACAGAGCAUGAUGAGCAUGAAGACAAACUCCGGAACAAUUUCCAACUGGCACUUAAUGAUAGCCAGAUAUUCCUCGAACCAUCUUUGGCUAAUGUGCAGGCUUUGGCCUUGCUCGCUGUUCACGGCGAAGACUUCGCUGCACCCAACAUAUCAUGGAUGCUGUUAAGUCAUGCAUGUCGCCAGGCGGAAGCUUUGGGUUUGCAUGCUAAGAAUAGCAAGGAUACGUUCGAUGAAUGGCAGCACAAGCUGUGUUUAUUUUGGAUGCUUUUCACAAUGGACAAAUCUUGUGCGCUGGCAUUUGGUCGGUCUGCCUUCUUGCCAUUAUUCAUGUGCCGACAUGUUCCGCUGCCGGAGAAAGAGUUUAUGCGGAAGUUCAGCCCCCAUGACACGAAGGACUUCGGUAGUGAGCAGCGGAAUUCUCAAAAUUCUGUUUUCGGCGCCGUCAUGUUCCAAAAUACCAUUGAGCUGGCAAAGUUGACGAGCGAUGUCUUAGAUGCUCUGGGUGUGGGGAGCUCGGAUCAAUCCAAGGAUGAAACGCGGGCAAAAUUGGAGAGGUGGUUCUCAACCACGAAUAUGAUCUUGACGCAAGCCUUGGAGAAUGAGCGAGUAUCAGCAGACACAGAUCAGAUCCAUGAAAUGGAACUGGGAAUCAACAGUACCAAAUUUCAAUACUUGCACAUUCUAACUCUAUUACUAAGGGGGGAUAUGUCUUCAGAUCUCCGCCUAUCUUGUGCUCGUGAAGCGAUUUCCUUACUCCCCUUUUUGGUAUCGAAUUGGGGCUCAGUAUAUAACGGAGUUGUCUGGCAACUUCUCUAUUAUCCCUUUGCCCCUUUCUUCGUCAUUUUCGAGAACAUAGUGCACCGUUCUAGCCAAUCCCUCAAACAUGAGGACGAUUUGCGUUUACUGGCUGUUGCCGUGGAUUACUUUGCCGAGAUGAGGUCCCAAAUGCGGCUUCUCGCCGAUUUAUGCUCUAAACUUCAACAUACUGCGGCUGUUUUCCUCCAUCUGGCUCAAUCUCUUAACCGCCAUUGCAAGUCCACAAAGCCAGCCCGCAACGUAGUGCCCAUAUCCCAGCAGCAGACGGUUGCAGAGCCUGAAGAGCAGACCACACAUUCAUGGGAUGAUUAUGUCGAUAUUGAUAUGAGUGAUGAUGAACUCACGACCUACCUGAGUUGCUUGCCAGUUGACAUGGAAGCCACGUCACGAAUGCUUGAAAAUGAGCUUCAAUUUCCACAAUCUCAUCAUGGGGAUCACGGGGAGAAAAGCAGUCCAACGUACUUUCAAAAGCCAAUCUCGGACUGUACGUUUGGUUGGUUCUUAUGGGACGACUAUUAUCGCAGUUCCAACAUGAGGUCUGAAUGA